AUGGCGAUUAAAAAAUUUGACGAACCAAAUGUUUGUAAGGUGCAGUUUUUAUGCAACUAUAUAUGCGCCUAUGCUCGUGAAUGGGUCGAUAUGAUUGUUUACCUGAAAAUGGAUAGAGUUAAAUUUUGCCACUUAAAAGUAAACGUGGUAAUUUCUCCACUUUUAUUUUCAUUUGGCAAAUCAUAUAGUAUUAAAUUAAUAAACCUAAAAAUUCCCAUUAGAAUUUUCCCCCAUCCUUUACUUUGUCCCCUGCCGUCGCCCGUCGACCCAAGCAAAGAAGCCGGAAAACCCUACCACCAUUAUCAGUUGGACGGAAACCCAGUAGGACAAGUUCGUCGAAUCCCUUUAACUUGUGUUAAUGUGACUUUCUCGCUGGCGAUUCGUCCUCUGCUGGUCAGUUCCAAUGUAAAAGAUAAUCAAUGUUGUCAAGUUCUUGCUAAACAUGAGGUACACAUUUGUGGCUCGCUUAUUCUGGAAAACUUGAAUUUCAUUCCCCCCCUUCCCCCUCCCCUCCUUUUCGAUUAUUUGCUGUCAGGGGUCUCUUUCUCAUUUUCAUCAGAAGUUGAUAUGCAAAAAUUAGAAUCAAAAAGAGAAAUUUCCCGUUGUGAAAAGGGUAUGGCUAUAGAGAUUCCAGUUUCCGCUUUGUAUGAAGGCUCACCAAGUGACCAACAAUGUGAUCAGUGUUCUUGUAGUCUGCAUUGGAGUUUUUAAUAGUUAGCAUUCUCAGCUUUUUCUAAAGCUGCAUUAGGAGAAAAUGUUGUAUUGCUUGAGAAACAUUAUUUAAUGGUGUUAUGAGAUUUUUAAAAAUAAAGUAUGUAAGUGACUCUUUUGUUUUUAUACAAAAUUCUUUUCUGGUGUA